GGGCCGAGCUGACAAGAUGUUCUUGCUGCCUCUUCCGGCUGCCGGGCGAGUUGCCGUCCAACGUCUGUGCGCGAAGCGUUUCUGGGGACAGGGUCGCGCUGCCGCGGACAUGACGAAGGGCCUUGUUUUAGGGAUCUACAGCAAAGAAAAAGAAAAUGAUGUGCCACAGUUUACCAGCGCAGGAGAGAACUUUGAUAAAUUGGUGUCUGGGAAGCUGAGGCAAGUUCUGAGCAUAUCUGGACCACCUCUGAAGGCAGGCAAAACGCGGACCUUUUAUGGGCUGCAUGAGGACUUCCCCACCGUGGUGGUGGUCGGCCUCGGCAAGAAGGCGGCUGGAGUGGAUGACGAGGAAAACUGGCAUGAAGGCAAAGAGAACAUCCGGGUCGCCGUGGCAGCCGGGUGCAGGCAGGUGCAGGACCUGGAGCUCCCCUCCGUGGAGGUGGACCCCUGUGGCGACGCUCAGGCAGCUGCGGAGGGAGCGGUGCUCGGCCUCUAUGAGUACGAUGACCUCAAGCAGAAGAAGAAGGUGGUCGUGUCGCCCAAGCUCUAUGGAAGCGGGGAUCAGGAAGCCUGGAGGAAGGGCGUCCUCUUCGCCUCUGGGCAGAACUUGGCCCGCCAGCUCAUGGAAUCUCCGGCCAACGAGAUGACGCCGACCAAGUUUGCCAGAAUUAUUGAGGAGAAGCUUAAAAGCGCCAGUAGCAAGACAGAGGUGCACAUCAGGCCCAAGCCUUGGAUCCAGGAACAGGAGAUGGGGUCGUUCCUCAGUGUGGCCAAGGGAUCCGAUGAGGACCCAGUCUUCUUGGAAAUCCACUACCGAGGCAGUGCCAACGCCAGUGAGCCGCCUCUGGUGUUUGUGGGGAAGGGCAUCACCUUCGACAGCGGCGGCAUCUCCAUCAAGGCUGCCGCGAGCAUGGACCUCAUGAGGGCCGACAUGGGAGGCGCAGCCACCAUAUGCUCGGCCAUCGUGUCCGCUGCCCAGCUCGACCUGCCUGUCAACCUCAUAGGUUUGGCCCCUCUUUGUGAAAACAUGCCCAGCGGGAAGGCCAACAAGCCCGGGGAUGUCGUGAGAGCCCGGAACGGGAAGACCAUACAGGUGGACAACACGGACGCCGAGGGGCGGCUCAUCCUGGCCGACGCGCUGUGUUACGCGCACACCUUCAACCCCAAGCUCAUCAUCAACGCCGCCACCCUGACAGGUGCCAUGGACAUAGCUUUGGGGUCUGCUGCCACUGGGGUCUUCACCAAUUCAUCCUGGCUGUGGGACAAACUCUUUGAGGCCAGCAUUGAGACGGGGGACCGCGUUUGGAGGAUGCCUCUCUUUGAACAUUACACAAGGCAGGUCGUAGACUGCCAGCUUGCUGAUGUCAACAACAUAGGGAAAUACAGAUCUGCAGGUGCUUGUACGGCAGCAGCGUUCCUGAAGGAAUUUGUGACUCACCCUAAGUGGGCGCAUUUAGACAUCGCCGGGGUGAUGACCAACAAGGACGAGGUCCCGUACCUGCGGAAAGGCAUGACGGGCAGGCCCACCAGGACGCUGGUGGAGUUCCUGAUGCGUCUCAGCCAGAACAGUGCGUAGCUGGGAAACGCCUGCUUCUGUCUCAGCUCGGACAGCUGAACUUCAAAAUAGUUUCAAAUGAAUGGGUGAAAUCGUUGAAAAGAAACAAAGAAGGGUGAUAUUUUAAAAUGUAGAGCAAAAUGAAAUUUAUACUCCUUGAUUCUGUCUUUUUCAUUUUAUGCAGCAAUGUAUCGGGAUAAAGCUAAUAACCUUCCUUGACAAAGCUUGUGAAGAUUUCUAUGUGAUGAGUGAUUUUUAAAACCUGGUCACUUUCCAGAGUAUGUUUUUAAUCGAACAAAACUGUAUUUCAUGUUUGUGAUGCUAAGAACAUGAAAGAAACAAAAAGUUACUGUGUAAUUUCAGGAACAAUAAAUCCAACUUUUCAUGCUCUCUGGCAUUUACUUACAUG